CCCGCCAGCCUCCCAGUGCACCCGCAGCCUUCCCGGCUACCUCCCUGAGGGCUCCCUUCUGGCCACCAGUGCCCAUUUUUUAUCCCCGAGAUAAGAGAUAUUUUGCGCACACACAUACACACACGCGCAAAAAGGAAAAAAAAAAAGCCCACCCUCCAACCUCGUUGCAAAGAGAAAGCCGGAGCAGCCGCAGCUUGCAGAACGCAGAGGACGCCCGGUGCGGCGAACCCGCGGGCAGACGGACCGAAGGACUCACGCCGCCUCCACCUGUCGGCCGAGCGCGCAACCGUGCCCGCCGACCGGGCCCUGAGCCAGGGCGCACACGCUCCCGCCCCCCGCCCAGCCCAGGCGGGAGUUUACACCUCUCCCCGCCCGGGUGCUCGGGCCGCUGCUGUAAAGCCAACUUUGGAAAAAGUUUUUGGGGGGUGAUUUGAGCCUUGAGGUGCUCAGCCCUGUGCUUCGCGAUUUGGGGGGACCUUUCCAGAAAAUGUUGCAAAAAAGCUAAGCCGGCGGGCAGAGGAAAACGCCUUUAGCCAGAGAGUGAAGACGAAACAUCGACUGCUGUGUUCCUUUUCCUCUUGGAGGUUGGAGUCCCCUGGGCGCCCCCACACGGCUAGACGCCUCGGCUGGUUCGUUACGCAGCCCCCCGGCCGUGGAUGCUCACUCGGGCUUGGGAUCCGCCCAGGUAGCGGCCUCGGACCCAGGUCCCCGCACCCAGGUCCUCCCCAGUCCCCCAGCUACGGAGCCGGGGCCGGGGGCGGCGUCGCCCGGGGGCCAUGCCGGUGAGCAACGGCUGCAGCGGCCUGAGCGCCUGAUCGCCGCGGACCCGAGCCGAGCCCACCCCCCCUCCCCAGCCCCCAACCCUGGCCGCGGGGGCGGCGCGCUCGGUCUACGCGUCCUGGGCCCCGUGGGGCCGGGCCCGGAGUCGGCAUGAAUUGCUGCUGGGCGCUCUUCCUGUCUCUCUGCUACCUGCGUCUGGUCAGCGCUGAGGGGGACCCCAUUCCGGAGGAGCUCUAUGAGAUGCUGAGUGACCACUCGAUCCGCUCCUUUGAUGACCUCCAGCGCCUGCUGCACAGAGACUCCGUAGAUGAAGAUGGGUCUGAGUUGGACCUGAACAUGACCCGGUCCCAUUCUGGAGGCGAGCAGGAGAGCUUGGCUCGUGGGAGAAGGAGCUUGGGUUCCCUGACUGUUGCUGAACCGGCUAUGAUUGCAGAGUGCAAGACGCGCACCGAGGUGUUCGAGAUCUCCCGGCGCCUCGUGGACCCCACCAAUGCCAACUUCCUGGUGUGGCCGCCCUGCGUGGAGGUGCAGCGCUGCUCCGGCUGCUGCAACAACCGCAAUGUUCAGUGCCGCCCCAUCCAGGUGCAGCUGCGGCCUGUCCAGGUGAGAAAGAUCGAGAUUGUGCGGAAGCAGCCGAUCUUUAAGAAGGCCACGGUGACUCUGGAGGACCACCUGGCAUGCAAGUGUGAGACAGUGACAGCUGUACGGCCUAUAACCAGAAGCUCGGGUGGUUCCCAGGAGCAACGAGCCAAGAUGCCCCAAACACGGGUGACUAUUCGGACGGUGCGAGUCCGCAGGCCUCCCAAGGGGAAGCACCGGAAAUUCAAGCAUACGCAUGACAAGAAGGCACUGAAGGAGACCCUUGGAGCCUAGGGGCAUCGGCAAGAGAGUGUGGGCAGGGUUAUUUAAUAUGGUAUUUGCUGUAUUGCCCCCAUGGGGUCCUUGGAGUGAUAAUAUUGUUCCCCUCGUCCGUCUGUCUCGAUGCUGAUUCGGACGGCCAAUGGUGCUUCCCCUACCCUGCCACGUGUCCGUCCACCCCUCCAUCUGCGGGUCUCCCCCCAGCGGCUUCCAGAGUCUUGCCCAGCAGUUCAAGAA